AGUUCAAGUUUUUGACCUGAUCGACAAAAGGCUUUCAAAAGUUCGCAAAAAAGGACUUUCAUAGGGUUACCAAUAAUGUGAAGUGAUUCAACAGAAUAUUUAAUGAGAAUUCCUUUAUAAAGAGGGUAGGACGAGACUAGAUUCGCAUUCUGGAAGACCCGGAGAAGAUAGUGUUUAUCCUGCUCUCACUUGCAUGUUUCAUUGAUUCCAAACCAAGUCGACUUUCUACUUUCAUUUUCCAAUUUCCAUUGUCAACAAUCUGGUCAUCGCCUUUGUGAUUGCCCUGUGCCGGAAUGGCAAUUCUUAGCAGCAAUGUGAACAGUUUUCUGUUGAAGGUGGCAGCACUUCCUUCUCUACCCAUCUUUAUUGGAUAUCUGACGAUUAUAUUUCUCUCUGGUCUGUGGCAGAAAAAGACUUCUCCGCUCAGUCUUAAACCAUUGCUGAUCGUUUAUAACUUUGGCUGCUGUCUGAUCAGUGCUGUUACGUUGCUGGGCUUCAGCUUUGCCUUAUACUCAAAUGGCUCCAUCUAUGGGAAGAUACCAAGCCCUGUUCUCACCCAAGUCUUCACUCUGUAUUGGAUCACUAAGGUCAUAGAGUUGGGAGACACGGUGUUCAUGGUCCUGCGCCACCGACAACGACAAAUCUCCUUCCUGCACGUGUACCACCACGCCAGCAUGCUGCUGCUGUCAGACCUGUCGCGUCUGUACUACCCGUGGCCGUCCAUCUCCACAUUCCUGGCCAUCAACUCCUUCAUCCACGUCGUCCUCUACUUGUACUAUGGGCUCACCGCUGUCAACCCGGACAACCCCCCGAAGUGGAAGAAGCAGAUGACUCAGAUCCAGAUACUUCAGUUCAUCAUUGGAUUCAUCAUUGCAUUUUACGGACACCGCUACCAUCACUUCUGUGUCUACAGCAUGUUCUAUGGCGUCACCAUGAUUGUUUUAUUUUCCAAUUUUUAUUACCAUGCAUAUGUGAAAGUGAGGACAAUCAAAGAGAAUGCAAAGAAAAAGUGCUAAAUUGGUCACAUUUCACCUGGGAUCUUUCGCUCAUUGGCAAAAAUAUGCUCAGAAA